AUGGAAGUUGAGAAUAAGAAUCGCAAAUAUCGCAAGGAUAAGCCAUGGGACGACGAAACAAUCGACCACUGGAAAAUAGAGCCAUUUACGCAGGAGGAUAACGAGCCUUCUUUGGUGGAGGAGAGCUCAUUUUCGGUUUUGUUUCCAAAGUACAGAGAAAAAUACAUACAGUCGGUUUGGGGAGAUGUAAAAAAGUGCCUGUCUCAAUAUCACAUAAAGUGCGAGUUGGAUCUGUUAGAAGGCUCAAUGGCAGUUAUAACAUCAUCUAAAACAUGGGAUCCAUACAUAAUCAUUAAGGCGAGAGAUAUGAUAAAGCUGUUGGCGAGAAGUGUGCCAUUUCCACAAGCAAGGAAGGUGUUGGACGACGGAGUGUUUUGCGACAUUGUAAAAAUAGGAGGAAUUUUGAGAAAUAAGGAUAAAUUUGUAAAGAGGAGACAGAGAUUAGUAGGCCCAGGAGGAUCAACACUGAAAGCACUCGAGCUACUGACAGGAUGCUACAUUUUAACACAGGGACAAACAGUGUCAAUAGUAGGUCCAAUUCAAGGGAUCAAGGUAGCAAGAAGAAUAGUGGAGGACUGCAUGAAAAACAUACACCCAGUGUAUCACAUAAAGGAGCUGAUGAUAAAAAGGGAGUUGCAGAAGGACGAAAAACUGAAAAACGAAAACUGGGAGAGAUUCUUACCGCAAUUUAAGAAGAGAUGUGUAAAAAGAAAGAAGACGAAGAUAGUUAAGAAGAAAUCACCCACACUAUUGUUGCCAGUUCAGACGCCGAGGAAGGAAGAUAUUUUACUGGAGACAGGAGAGUACUUUAUGAUGGAAGAGGAACGUAAGAGAAAACGUGAAUUUGAACGCCGGGAAAAACAAAAACAGAAACAUAUGGAAAAGAAAAAGAAGAGAGAAGAAAUAUAUGAUUCAAAAUAUCAACAAAAUAAAGAAGAUAAUGCUAACGAAAGUAAAGGUAGUGGAAUAGAAGUGGAUAGGAGUUCAAGUAAAAAGGAAAGUAAGAAAGUAGAUAAGAAUAAGGAGUUGAAGACAAGUAAAAAAGAAGGAGAAGGAGUAAGUAAGGAGAUCGAAAAAAUUAAAGAAAGGGAUAAAAAUAAAGAAGACGAAAGUGAAAAAAGUAAGAAGGAGGUGCCGAUAUUUAGUAGUAAAAUGCCUAAAAGUAAAGAAAAGAAGGAUUAUUUCAUAUGA